UUCUACAGGCCGGAAGUCAAAAUUGUAGUUGUUUUAGUCUGUGGGUGACACAGGAAAAUAUUUCUACCAAUAUUUUGACUGGAAACAAAUUUAAACGAGCCCACUCUGUUCUACAACAUCAUUGCACCUUUGGACAUUCUCAGUUUUUAGAUUUGGACAGACUAUUCACCAAACUGACACGAUGCAUGGAAGGGUAAAGCUGAAGUCCACUGCACAGCAGGAGGAAGAAAAAAGAAAAGAGAGAGAGAAAAAACUCAAGAUUUAUGUCACUGCACGGGAUGCUGUCUUUGCCAAGAGGAAGAAUGGUAUGUUGGAUGAUGAAGCCCUACUGUUGACCCAGCAGCUGCUUUCCUCCAAUCCUGAUGUUGCCACUCUCUGGAACUACAGGAGAGAGAUUCUUUUGCAUUUGGAGACUAUACGGGAGGAAGUUGAUGUGCAGAAGAUGUAUGAGGACGAGCUGUCAUUUCUGGAGUCGUGUCUUAAGGUGAAUCCCAAGUCGUAUGGCAGCUGGCACCACCGAGGCUGGGUCUCCGCCCGCCUUCCCAGACCAGACUGGACCAGAGAACUGGGCCUGUGUGAUCGCUGCCUCAGUCUGGAUGACCGCAAUUUCCACUGCUGGGACUACCGCCGGAUGGUUGUGAAGAUGUCCGGGGUGCCUGUGGACCAGGAGCUGCAGUUCACUGACCGUCUCAUCGGUUCCAAUUUCUCCAACUACUCCAGUUGGCACUACCGGAGCACCCUCCUUCCCCUGCUCCACCCUGAGUCACCGGAGCCCCCGUCGCCCUGCCACCAGACCCAUCACUCUCCUCCAACCUCCCCUCAGAGUCACUCCCACCGUGUCUGUGAGGAGCAGCUGCUCAAAGAGUAUGAGCUUGUACAGAAUGCCUUCUUCACCGACCCCAAUGACCAGAGUGCCUGGUUCUAUUAUAGAUGGUUACUAGGCAGAGCUGAGCGGGAGGAGAUGAUUAGUUGUGUGUUUGUAAGCAGAGAGGAGGAGAGAGUGGCCGUAGCCUUUUCCAGACCUGUCAAUGUUUCUUCUAGUGGUCUGAUGCUGGUGCUGGAUGGUCAGCCCCAGCGGGUGGAAUGGAGGAGUGUCCAUCCUAGCUUUAAACACAGCCCUGUCUGCAUCUGCGAGCUUCCUCCAGGGACAAUCAGCGACAUCACUAACGAGCACAACCUGACUGUGCACUGGACGGAGAAACACACGCACAGAGACUGUGCCCUGUACACAGGUCGGUCUGUGAGUUGGUGCAGGGAUUCGGCAACUGACCAGGAGCUUUUCAGGAGUGAGCUGUCAGUCGAGAAAACCUCUGUGUUGCAGUCGGAGCUACAGUCCUGCAACCAACUGCUGGAACUGGAGCCUCAGAACAAAUGGUGCUUGCUGACCAUCAUUCUCCUCAUGAGGGCACUAGAUCCACUAGGAUACGAGAGAGAGACCCUUUCUCACUUCCAGACACUUAAGGAGGUGGACCCUAUGCGUGGCGCGUAUUAUGGUGACCUGUGCAGCAAGUUUAUGAUCGAGAACACCAUCCUCAAGAUGGAGUAUGCAGAGGUCCGGGUCUUCAGUCUCUCUGACAAGAACCUGACCACACUAUGUCACCUGGACCAGCUGCUGUUGGUCACUCAUAUCAAUCUCUCAUCCAAUCAGCUGCUGAGGCUUCCUCCUCAGUUUGCCAUGCUGCAGUGCCUUGAGGUCUUGGAGGCUGAUAACAAUGCCAUUGAGAAUUUGGAAGGACUGUACCAUCUUCCUAAGUUGGAGGACGUGUCCUUAAAGAACAACAAAUUAUCCAGACUCUCAGACCUGCAACCGCUGGCUUCCUGCCCAAAGCUGACCCGCCUUGAUCUCCGUAGGAACCCUGUCACCCAGCUGGUCAAUAUAGAGUCCGAGUUGGCUGAGCUACUGCCCUCAGUCACUGAUCUCCUGCUCUGAUUGGACAGAGUUACAACUCCUUCUAAAUUUAGACACAGAUCUAUCACAUCUUAAUUGUAAGCAUAACAUUUCAAUUGAGGGAAAUGUGAAAACUAACAUUAACUUCCUACUUUUCCGGCAUAUCAUUAUCAGCUGUGCUUGUUUUUGUGUGUCCAGGAUAGAGGACAUGCAUGUAUAUGAGAGGCAGGGUUUAAAAAAAUAAAUAAAUUGCCUCUUUACUACUAUUUAUUUCACGUAUGUGUGUGUCAGGGUCAUAGAGACCACCACUUGUUUUAAUACCUGAUAACAUAGGACCAUCAACCAGAGACCUCACUAAACACAUCUAAAACCUGUGUUUGUAUAUUCAGUAUGUGUCACUUGUGAGUCUGUUGGCGUGGACAUGGAUGUCCGCGUGUUUGUGUGUGUGUACACUUACAUAGUUCAGUAAUAAAAACUGCAUGCAGAUUCUCUGAUGGGGUACUGUGUGAGUGAGCAUGUUGGGAAUGUGGCUUUUAGCAAGCAACGAAACGGCUUCUGGAUGGUGAUUGCCGGAACAGACAUCGAUCUGAUAUUGCAAUCUAGUUAAUAUAUGUGGCUGUAUUUUUUAAAUGGUGAAAACAUUUAUGAAAUGAAUCUAUACUAUUAAAUUAAAUGUGAAGGACUGUUCCACUAAUAAAACAACUCAUUGCAUUCUCA